UUAUCUCUGUUCGUCUGUGAAGGUGUUGGAGCUCUAAAGCCAAGUCCGAAGCUCCGGAGCAAAGUGUCAUUAAGUGUAACAGUACUCUUCUGGGAGAAUUUUCUAGCGACUUCCAAAGUUCUAAUGGCGGAUCCGGAGCUUCUUGUUGCCCAGGAACAAAUUGAGCAGCGUCUUCUCUCAAUCUGAUUCGGAAAGGUUUCGAGAUUUAACGGCCGAGCCUUCUUAUUAGUGCCAUGGAUUCUAAGAGAAGAAGCCAUUGAAUUUCCUUUUGUCUAUAUCCUCAGAUGGUUUUUGUUGCUGAUCAGGCUGAAAUCAAGAUCUGCUAAGAUCCUUCUUUCUCAGACAAAGUCACUUCAACUCAUCCCAUCCUACACAACCUCCAUAUGAAAUACCCAAUGCUCCUAUUUUCGUUUGCACCAAAUCCUUUCCUUUUCUUCGUAUUGUUUCUCUUUCCUCUGGUCAUUGCUGACCUGAACUCAGACAAACAAGCUCUCCUCGACUUUGCUGCCACUGUCCCCCAUGGUAGGAAACUUAAUUGGGAUCCCACUUCCCCAGUUUGUUCAUCAUGGGUUGGCAUUACUUGCUCUCCAGAUGGCACUCGAGUGGUUGCCCUGCGACUUCCUGGUGUAGGACUCACUGGCCCAAUCCCAGCUAACACUCUGGGAAAGCUAGGUGCCCUCAGAACCCUGAGCCUUCGAUCCAACCUCCUCAAUGGAAAUCUUCCUUCUGAUGUCUCAUCCCUUCCUUCCCUUCACUACCUCUACCUGCAACAUAACAACUUCUCUGGUAAUAUCCCUGCUUCUCUCUCCCCAGAACUCAACUUACUUGAGCUAUCCUUCAACUCCUUCAGUGGCAGGAUUCCACCCACAGUACAGAAUUUGACACAACUUACUGGAUUGAACCUCCAGAACAACUCCCUCUCUGGACCCAUCCCCAAUCUCAACCUCCCAAGGCUCAAGCAUUUGAAUUUGAGCUACAACUACUUGAAUGGCUCCAUUCCAGCUUACCUCCAAAAGUUCCCUAAUUCUUCUUUCAUAGGAAAUUCUCUCUUAUGUGGACUACCUCUGAAAUAUUGCUCUCCAGUCUCCCCCUCACCCUCACCUGCUACUUGGCCAUUCUCACCAGCAGCUCCUCAACUGGGCAAGAGAUCGAAAAAGAAACUGAGCACAAGGGCUAUCAUUGCUAUUGCGGUUGGAGGUUCUGCAGUUUUAGUUCUUCUAGCUCUAACAAUUUUGUUAUGCUGUCUGAAGAAAAAAGAUAGUGAAGGUAGCAGCGUCUUGAAGGGGAAGGCCACUGGUGGAGGGAGAGCUGAGAAGCCUAAGGAGGAAUUUGGUAGUGGGGUGCAAGAGGCAGAGAAGAAUAAGUUAGUCUUCUUUGAAGGCUGUUCUUAUAACUUUGACCUUGAGGAUCUUUUGAGGGCGUCUGCUGAAGUGCUGGGGAAGGGGAGCUAUGGGACAGCCUAUAAAGCUAUCCUAGAGGAGGGGACAACUGUGGUAGUGAAGAGGUUGAAGGAAGUGGUGGUGGGGAAGAGGGACUUUGAGCAGCAGAUGGAGAUUGUAGGACGGGUUGGGCAGCACCCAAAUGUUGUGCCACUCCGUGCUUAUUACUACUCGAAGGAUGAGAAACUACUGGUUUAUGACUACAUCCCUGCGGGGAACUUGUCCACAUUAUUGCAUGGAAACAGGGACACCGGAAGAACUCCACUUGACUGGGAUUCAAGGAUCAAAAUAGCCCUUGGAGCUGCAAGGGGCAUUGCACACAUCCAUGCUGAAGGAGGGGGAAAGUUCACCCAUGGCAACAUAAAGUCCUCCAAUGUCCUCCUCAGCCAAGACCAAGAUGGCUGCAUCUCAGAUUUUGGGUUGACCCCUCUUAUGAACAUCCCUGCCACUCCAUCACGAACCAUAGGCUACAGAGCUCCUGAGGUGAUUGAAACCCGAAAACCUACUCAGAAAUCAGAUGUGUACAGCUUUGGCGUGCUGCUCCUUGAGAUGUUGACAGGGAAAGCCCCUCUGCAAUCACCUGGGCGUGACGACGUGGCUGAUCUACCAAGGUGGGUCCAGUCAGUUGUGAGAGAGGAAUGGACAGCUGAGGUGUUCGAUGUUGAGCUGAUGAGAUAUCAAAACAUUGAAGAAGAGAUGGUGCAAAUGCUGCAGAUAGCCAUGGCUUGUGUGGUGAAGGUGCCAGACAUGCGACCUAAGAUAGAAGAAGUUGUCAGAAUGAUAGAGGAAAUCCGGCAAUCCGACUCAGAGAACCGGCCAUCCUCAGAGGAGAAUAAGUCAAAGGAUUCUACUGUGCAAACUCCAUGAUUGCUUUCAAGUUGUGGACUAAGGUACCAUAUUUAAUUAUUCAUCAGCUCCAGAAAUUUGAUCAGGUUUCAGGAGCGACGUUUGAAGUUAUCACCACAAUUGCUUAAAGGUUGGCUUGUCUGCAUUGUUGAACCGUGAAACGAGUCGAUUGCAUGCUUUUCUUAGAUGUUUUAGUGUUAUACAUUAUUUUUCUCAGUAGGAUAGGGUUUUAUGCCCAUUAUUGGUUCCACAAUUGUAACUUGUAACGUGUUGUUUCUAUUGUUGUGAAUUUGAUUGAUUUGAUCCACGAUGAAUUUCA